CCAGACUGCAGUCGGCGGUUGCACUUCAAGCUAGAAUGUACACUCUCACUUUUACGAUCGUGUUGAGCCAUCUUUUGGGCACGAUAGGUGCCCUGGAGCCAACGAAUAAAUUUGAAGCAACCUGGGGCUGCAAACAGUACAACACCAACCACGGGUACGAGCACGGCCAUCCGUACUUUGCCACCAGCCGCUUUCGGAACAUCCAGGUGACCCGGGAGAACAUCACGAUGCUACGGCUGGGCGUUCUCGGCAACAACGACGGUCACGUACGGCUCGCGCCGACAGGCUUUCCGUACGACGAAACCGAAAUGAACGAAAUAGUACUGUCCGGAUGGGCCAACACGAAAACCGUCGUUCGUCGGUAUUCCCGCACCUCGCCGAGCAAUCGCAGCGUUGAACUAAAACUCAAGGAACAGUCCAGCCUGGGGAUGCUUUCGAGCUACGAGCCGUUCAUGUUCACGAUGGCGGUGAACCAUACCGAUGGGUUUGUUCAGCUGACCCGGGAUGGUGAUUUGCAUCCGUUUUUGGAGUUUCGAGAUCCUAAGAUAUCGACAAACUAUAUUGGAUUCUGCAACUGGGACGUUCCGCUGGUGUUCUUCUACGACUGUCCACUGGAGAUUGAUCGAAAAGUAUGUGAAGGAAUUGCGUUUUCUUAAGUAGUUUGUGAAUUUUUAUGCUUAGAAAUUACUAGCCAGCUCGAUUUUUUAGCAUAUUUUUUAAGGUUCAUCAAAAUUGGAAUUUACCUGAUAAUUUUAAAUACAGUUUAAAGAUUACAGCCUCAAAAUAUCGUUGUAACUGGAAUAUCAUUCUAACUUCAUCAACAUCACUUCAUCUCAUUUCAGAACUCAUUUUUGCUCUUUUGGAAACGGCUUGAGUACUUGUUUAACUAUCGGUAGCAUGAUGCAUCAAAUUGUACCAGUGAUAUCAAAGUGUAGCCUUGAAGAAAACGAAUUAAAAAAAAUAUGAAAACUAACUUUAUCUUCUUACGUGGUUGACGCC